CAUAUCAAAACAAUGAGUUAAAAUGGCUGACAACAUGGAAGGAAAAGUGAAUCUAAAUAAGUUUAAGUGAGAGUUGUACAGAAAUUCGACAGGAAAGAUGUGGUUGACGAUGGGGAAAAUCAUCAGAAGGGUUUGGGUUUGGCUUCUUGUGGUCCUGCCGUUUGUGAAUGUAGCGGACUUUGUCAAACACGGCGUCAAAAGUGAAUCGCGUAAGCCUGCUAAUCCCGGACGCCUCAGCAUUCCAUAUGAAAGCAUGGAGGGCCUCCUUCUGGUUUCAACGCUGGAUGGCAGCAUACAUGCCGUGGGACAGAAAUCUGGGGAUAGCAAGUGGACAUUCAAAGAAGAACCGAUCAUCAAGGUUCCAGCUGAGAUAGCGGACAAGGGGCUGAUGUUCCUACCAGAUCCCAAGGAUGGCUCCCUCUAUGCCAUCAGCAGCAACAGUGAUGGCCUGAAGAAACUUCCAUUCACAAUCCCAGACCUGGUUACUGCCUCGCCGUGUAGGAGCAGUGAUGGAAUACUCUACACAGGGCGUAAGCUGGACAGCUGGCUGGUGAUUGACUCGUCCACCGGGGAGAUGCAGCAGACGAUGACCACAGAGACCACCCAGAAUGCUUGCCCCAUGUCGGACGGCAGCACCUUGUUCCUGGGACGCACCGAGUUCACCCUCACCAUGUUUGAUUCCAACUCCAGAGAGAGAGUGUGGAAUGUGACAUAUAUUGAUUAUGGUAAUCAUGUCGCAAUGGAUGACUCCGAUUACGGCCUGAGGCACUUUUCUUCCAUCACGGAUGGCUCGGUGGUCACUCUGGACAGCCGGACCGGGGAGAUGCUGUGGGACGGUAGCUACAGCUCACCAGUGGUGGCCAUGUACACCGUCCACCCAGAAGGGAUUCGCAAGGUGGCGGUCACCAGCAUCUCACCGCAUACUAUGGGUCACCUGCUGGACGGCAGGGACUUCCCUGAGUUGAGGAACAGGUUGCUGGGGUAUGAGAAGAAGACUGCGCUAAUACCCACAUUGUAUGUUAGUGAAUAUGACAAUGGAAUGUUUGCAAUGCAUGCGGUAGUGGAGGACGGAUCCGUUCCAAUCGUGCCUCGUGGUUGGAGUCCGCCACUGUUGGAAGGGCCGGUGUCGGCCGACCCAGACCCCACGCCUACCUUUGAUUCAGGUAACUUGGCUAGCCGUGUUGUAGCUAUCAUGCCAGGGCCAGUGAAGCCAACGCCUUCUACAGUCAAGCCAGUUCUGCUCAUGGGACAUCACGAGAUCCCCGAGGAUUCACACGCCGCUCUGAUCCCCACCAACCCCUACCCCAACAAGGCCAUCGUGACCAGCACCACAGAUAGGGUCAUACUCCCCAUCAAGCGUCCCGAGUUGACCCCAGCCCCACCCCAGGGGGAGCACAACGACACGGCCGUGGUAGGGCAAGGCGGCGAGGUCUGGUUCCGCAUCGUGCUGAGCGACAAGGUGUUCGUUGGAGGAGUGGUCACCCUGCUGCUGGGGUUCCUGGCUCUGUUUUAUCUGAUUCCAAAGCCCAUAGUGAUUGUCUCCAACCAGCCACGCUCGGCGCAAACGUCCAAUCAGAGCCAAUCUAGCUACGGGGACAGCGCGGCCGAUGACGUUCCAGAGGGGUACACCAAAGUCGGCAAGAUCAUGUUCAAUCCCAAAGAGAUCCUGGGCCAGGGAUGCGAGGGAACAUUCGUUUACAAGGGAAGGUUUGAUAACCGAGACGUAGCCGUCAAGAGGAUCCUACCGGAUUGCUUCUGUUUUGCUGAUCGGGAGGUAGACCUACUCAGGGAAUCAGAUGAACACCCUAAUGUCAUCCGCUACUUCUGCAUGGAGGAAGAUGCACAGUUCAGAUACAUAGCCUUGGAGUUGUGCACAGCCACGUUGCAGGAGUUUGUUGCGAAUCGAAGCCAGUUUGCCAAUCUGGAGACCACGGAUGUCCUCUACCAGGCAUCCUCAGGCCUGGCACAUCUACACUCAUUAAAUAUAGUUCACAGGGACAUCAAGCCCCACAACGUGCUGAUCUCCCAGCCGAACCAACACGGCCAGGUCAAGGCUAUGAUCUCGGACUUUGGCCUGUGCAAGAAGCUAUCGGCAGGUCGGAGGUCAUUCUCCAGGAGGUCAGGGGCCGCCGGCACGGAGGGCUGGAUUGCACCCGAGAUGCUGACUGGCGAAGAGAGAACGACCACAGCAGUUGACGUGUUCUCUCUGGGCUGCGUCUUUUACUACCUACUCUCCAGUGGCAAGCAUCCCUUUGGUGAUUCACUGCACAGACAAGCCAAUAUCCUAACAGGGUGUUAUUCACUGGAUAAACUCUCUCCAGAUGAUUUAAUAUCCAGGGAACUGAUUUCUCAGAUGAUCGAGAGGUUGCCAGCCGACCGGCCCACGUCAAGGAGUAUACUGAAACAUCCGUUCUUCUGGAAUCGAGAAAAGCAACUCAUGUUCUUCCAGGACGUCAGUGACAGAAUAGAGAAGGAAGCUUUAGACUGUGAACUCCUGGUUACCAUGGAAACCAAUGCCUCUGAAGUUGUGAAAAACGAUUGGAGGAAAAAUAUUACAGAAGAACUACAGACAGAUCUUCGCAAAUUUCGAGCCUACAAAGGCAAGUCUGUCCGCGAUCUGAUACGGGCAAUGAGGAAUAAGAAACACCACUACAGGGAGCUUCCAGAUGAAGUCAAGGAGUCGCUGGGUCCGGUACCAGACGGUUUCGUCCAUUACUUCACGUCGCGCUUCCCAAAGCUACUCCCUCACGUGUACCAGGCUGUGGGCCAGCACUGCAGGGAGGAGAGAGUGUUCCAGAAAUACUACCCGCAACCUCAGGAGGUUGAAGUUUUGUCGUCGCAGAGGUGAUCUGGACGAUGGUACAGACUUCUAAAUGCUCCGUGUUAGGGCCGUCCCGAUUGUACGAUUAUUUGAAUAUUCCAUCAUCAAACGAAUGUUCGAAUAGCUUUUUGCUGGUUUGAAUUUUUGGGGGAAAACAAAACUACGCACGUUCACACACGACUGGGAUGAUAUUUUAUCAUUAAGUUGCAGCACUUAUUGUCAGAUGCCACUUUUGUUGACGUUAACUUUUUUGACAGUGGGGGUUCAUUGUUUCCAUAAUUUUAGCAAAUUUCAACUUGUGCGUUCUGCAUGCAAUUUUUACCGGCUAGGCACGGAUUUGCUGCUGGGAGAAUAUAUGGUCAAACAGGGUUCUGAUUCUUCAAAUACUAAAUUAAUCGAAAAUGGACAGCCCUACUCCAUGUGUGUGCCAAUGUGUCGUCUUUCUGGUAUCAGAUGUGCUGAAUUCGAUGGAAUUAAAAUUUCAGUAAAAUGUGCAGGGUGGAAGUUACGAUGUACGUGAAUAACAUACACCCCGAGGACAGACAGACAGAGGGAGAACAACACGUUCUUUAUUGUCCUCAAGAUUUUUUGUUGAAAACAGUCCUCGAUCGUGAGUUUGUGAGCUAUUGGAGA